AUGCCUAAACCAUUCAAGAUUUUUGAGGAUAAUCGAAAAAAGUCACAGCGUCACACACUUAUCAACUAUCACCAACAAAGGGAAAACAUAUUUGAGGUGCAGACACAUAUGCAUCAUGGUAGUGGUGGUAAUAAGCACAUUGUAAAUGCAUCACAAGGAAAAUGUCAAUGUGGUAAAUGGCAAUCAUACCACAUUCCGUGUUCUCAUGCAAUAAAGGGAUUUGACCAAAUUGGGUAUCAAGCAUGGGAGCAUAUGGCACCAGAAUUCAGCCUGCGUAGCUACAAACAAGUCUACUCUGGACAAUUCAAUCCACUCGGCGGUGAAAAAUAUUGGCCUGAUAGCCCUUUUCUUAUGAUAGCAAAUAAAAAAUAUUUACGAAAAGUGGGCGUAAAUAAAAUCACUCGUAUACAUAAUGAAAUGGAUGUUCCUGCAAGUACACUCACUCGCAAGUGCUCAACGUGCAAACAAUUAGGCCAUGAUAGGCGCAACUGUCCUUCACAAGCUCGAAACGCCUCAUAUGGUGGUAGUAGCUAA